AUGCCUACUCAGGGAAGAAAAGACAACACGUGCUUGACCCUUUCACUGCCAAGAUAGGGCCUGAGGCUCUGAGGGCAGUUUUCUCAAGCAAACACCUUAUGUUCAACCAAAGCCUCGGCUAAAAGAAAACCCUACACCCUACUUCCGCUGGAAGACAGAACACUCGGCUUAGGCUCUACACUUCAUUUUAUUGUGGUCCAGUUCUGGGGCCUGUGUCCUGUUAACCUACACAAAAACUCCUCCACCCAAGGUGGGAAGCGCUCACGCUGCUGUGUUUCCAACAGAGGGCCAAAGGGCUGAAGAAGUGACUGGAAGAGUGCGGGUGGCACUGUGGAAAUCAGAAACCAGGAAUGGAAGCUCCCUGGCAGGAGACUGUAAUCAUGAGGCUGGGAGGAAGGAUGACAUGACCUUAUGGUGGACCCUAGGACUGAGACCACAGAAUGACAGAACCUGAGUCCCUGGCCCUGUUGGAAGUGAAGGAACCUGAAACCCCAGAAAAGAGCCCAUCUCAGACUCUGGUCCCCAAUGGCCAGCAGCCAGAAGGGGAAGGUGGCACUGAGUCUCCUGGAGCUGAGUCUCUCAGAGUAGGGUCUUCAGUUGGAUCUCCCACUGCUAGAGAGGGGACAGAAGAUGGGCUAGAUAGCACAGUAAGUGAGGCUGCCACUUUGCCCUGGGGGACUGACCCCCAGCCCAGUGCCCCAUUCCCUGACCCCCCUGGGUGGCGGGACAUUAUUUCAGACCCUCUUGAGUCAGAACCACUCACCAAGCUAGAGGAGCCACUUGAAGAUGAUAUCAACUUGCUGCCUGAGAAGCCAGCCCGGGCCAUUGUGCCCAUUGACUUACAGUGCAUCGAGCAACAGCGCCAGGAAGAAGUCAUUGUGUGCUUUGAGGCGCGGGAGGGGGAGCACCGAAACUUUCUGCCUCCUCGGGCCACCCAUCCUGAGCCCCCUGAAUGCAAGUGGGCUGAAGCAGUCAUGAAGCCACCUGGCCAGUCUUGUGGAGGCUGCGGGAGCUGCGGAAGCCAAGAGGGACUGAGGGCUGUGGCCUCAGUCGGAGCUGCUCUCAUUCUCUUCCCCUGCCUGCUCUAUGGGGCAUACGCCUUCCUGCCUUUUGAUGCCCCACGGUUGCCCACCAUGAGCUCCCGCCUGAUCUACACACUGCGUUGUGGGGUUUUUGCUACACUUCCCAUCGUGCUGGGACUCCUGGUAUAUGGCCUGAGCCUGCUGUGCUUUUCUGCCUUACGGCCCUUUGGAGAGCCAAGGCGCGAAGUGGAGAUCCAUCGGCAGUAUGUGGCCCAGUCUGUCCAACUCUUCAUCCUCUACUUUUUCAACCUGGCUGUGCUUUCCACCUACCUGCCCCAGGACACCCUCAAGUUGCUCCCUCUGCUCACGGGGCUGUUUGCUAUCUCCAGGUUGAUAUACUGGCUGUCCUUUGCUGUGGGCCGCUCCUUCCGAGGCUUCGGCUACGGCCUGACGUUCCUGCCGCUGCUGGCCAUGUUGGUGUGGAACCUCUAUUACAUGUUUGUGGUGGAACCAGAGCGCAUGCUCACAGCCUCAGAGAGCCGCCUGGACUAUCCGGACCAUGCCCACUCCGCUUCUGACUACUGGCCACGCCCCUGGGGCUGAGGGGCUGACUUGGACACACUUUAGCUAGCUACUUGGAUGCGCCCGUUAGCCCGAGGACCUGGUGAGAGGAACCUUGCUGCACCCAUAGGGUUCUGUGCAGUCAAGAGUCUCGCCUCACCCUGGCUCUCCCUUUGUUUUGGAAGCCUGAGACCGGUAUAAGGGAGGUUUUUUUUUUUUUUUUUUUCCUUUUUGAGACAGGGUCCCACUAUGUGGUUGAGGCUGGCCUUGAACUCUUUCAACUCUUAAUUAAGAGAUUCUCCCACCUGGGAUUAUGUGUGCCACCAUAGCUGGUGAGGGGCAUAUUUUGCAGGGAAAGAUGUAGAUGGCCAUCUUUUAAGGAUACAGAGGACAAGGGACCAAGACAGAAGGAUGGCUCUUACCUUAGCUGCCUCCCAAACCCCGAAUGUUGGACUUUGCCCUUCUCCAGCUUCCUGUGAGGCCCAGCUCUGGCCACUUCUGUACCAGUUGUGGAGACAGAGGAGCUCAAGGCCACCGGAAAUGCUGCUUCACAUUCAGUGAAGACCUUCCUGGGGACCUGGGCUUAGGACCUGCCACCACUACCCUUAGUGGCCCUUUAGCCUCAGUCACCUCCCUGAACUGAACCUCCUCCUAUCACCUGUGCAAGCCCCUAAGACUUCCCUCCUCUAGACUUAUUGGAAGUCAUGCCUUCUACAGGAAGACAAGAGUGGACAGGGAACCCUGUAUCCCAGAGCAGUGCGCAUGUGUGUGCAUGUGUGUACCUGGAGUGUUGAAGCAGUGGCUGAGGCUAACCUAUUUUUUGAGGGGAUGUGUAUAGCAAUAAAUCUCUAGCAGUC